AUGUGCAUUGACUACCGGCGACUCAACAAAGCCACUAGGAAGGACCAUUUUCCACUACCCUUUAUGUAUCAGAUGCUUGAGAGGUUAUCAGGACAAGAGUUAUAUUGCUUCCUAGAUGGUUAUUCGGGUUACAACCAGAUCUCAGUGAACCCUGAAGAUCAGGAG